AUGCUGCAGGAAAUUUUCGGUCCCCUUGAGACAGAUCAAUUCGAUGCUUUCAAAUCCAUGAGUGAGCAUCUCUUUGAAGAUGAUGAUGACAGUGUCAACGCAACAUUAUAUGCACCAACUCCUGCAAACACGUACUCAAGGAGCUCGAGCUUCAGCAAUCUCUUACUGACGGGGAGUUGGAGCAAACUGCCCCUCGAAGUCAAUGACUCGGAGGGCAUGUUGGUAUAUGGCGCUAUGUGCGACGCACUAAAUUCUAGGUGGGCGAUGCCUUCGGCUUCGAAUCAAGAACUUGAUUUUGAAGUGGUGACCAUUGAUUAUGACAGCAUUGGUCUGGCUCCGAAUCAAGAACUUCAUUUCGAAGUGAUGACUGACGAUUAUAACAGCAUUGGUUCAGCAACAGAGAAGAAACUAGAGAUGGUGGAGCCGGAGGUACAAGUGUCAUUUGAGAAGACACAUUAUAAAGGAGUGAGGAGGCGGCCGUGGGGAAAAUAUGCGGCAGAGAUAAGGGACCCCAAGAAGAACGGGGCAAGGAUUUGGCUCGGGGACUUACAAGACACCCGAGGAUGCUGCAUUGGCCUAUGA